CACACAAAACAAAACGACAAAGAAAAGUCAAAGCAAAAAUGACGUCGAAAUAGCAAAACUCCCAAUUAUUAUCACCAAAACAAAGGAUUUCCUUCUCAGAUUAUAUUAUUUGCUCUACAAUCACGCCACACGUCUCCUCUUAUCUAUUAAUGUGCGUGAACGUAACCCGCAUUCAAUAACUGACUCAUGUGUUGUGAUCGUUGUGAUAUCAACUCGACGUAUUGUUUUGUCUGGCCUCGAAAUUGCAAGAGACGUGAAUUUUAACAACCAUGGCUGCUGCGUUAGCUAAUGACUCGCCCAAAUAUCGCAACAGCCUCAUCUGUUGCAGCCCUAGAAGCGUGGACGUCGAGUCAAAGAGUCCUUCCUCGUCUUCCACAUCUGGUUGUGUUUCUGCGGACGAUAGCUACGACUCCAACUGCAUACCAAAGUCCAUAGCUAACAAGAAACUCAAGAUCCAUAGUUCAGCUACGCGAGAGGAGCUAGAAAAAGCGAUAACACAAAGCAAAGAGUUGAUUCUUAGCAGUGCCCAGUGUUCUGAUGAAAGGAAAUGGCUUGUGAGGUAUUUAGUUGAGCUGAGGCUGCGGUUGGAAGAUUUGAAGGAGAAUGAUGGACAGCCGAGGCUUGGCGUCUCCAUCAAGGGACAUCACUUCAAGCAGCAGAUUGCCCCGGCUAAUAGAAAGCAGUACUGUGAUCACUGCAGUGGAGUAAUAUGGAGCAUUGUCCAGGGAUCUUACAUUUGUGAUAACUGUGACUACUUGUGCCAUUACAAGUGUGUAGACCACAUAUGCAGGGUCUGCGCUCAUGUUGUCAUGACGGAAAAAGGCCAGUUUGAAAUGAGUAUUUGUCCCGAGAAAGGAUUAGCGGCACAGGAUUACAAGUGUGCAGAGUGUCAUACUGCUUUGACGUUUAAGGACUCCUGGAAUGAGCCUCGAUUGUGUGACUACACUGGGCUGUAUUUCUGUGCCACAUGCCACUGGAAUGACAUGUCAGCCAUACCGGCUAGAGUGAUACACAACUGGGAUUGGGAGAAGCGGUAUAUAUCGCGGCUAGCAUAUCAAAUGCUGACUCUAUCCUGGGACCGACCAUACAUUGACGUUGAGAGUAUAAACUCCAAGUUAUUUAACUUCAUAGCCGAGCUGGAAUGGGUCCACAAGAUGCGGAAGGGUCUAGAAUGGAUGCGGAGGUACCUCUGUGCUUGCAGUAGUGGCACCAGUCUGCUGUCCCCAUUAUUUGUUCAACUGGGUGAUGUGAAUAAGAAGUACAGUAUGUCUCACCUGCAGGCUAUCAAUGAUGGAACAUUGGAGACGCAGCUGACGGAAUUAACAGAAGUGUGCCGCAGUCACAUCACCGGCUGUGCUUUGUGCUCUGGGAAGGGUUAUUUGUGUGAAGUCUGUGGCAAUAAUGAGGUUUUAUAUCCUUUUGACAGCGGGGCUAUUCUAUGUAACGAAUGCAACUCCAUGUACCAUAGGGGUUGUUGGCUCAGGAAAGGCCAGAUAUGUUUAAAGUGCCAACGCUUGCAAGAGAGAAAGCAGAAUGCCCCGUCCGAAGACCAACCUGAUACUCAGGUGGAGUGUGAAUAUGACAUAGACAAAUUUGUUGAAUGAUUUUGUUAAUUUUGUGAUUGUUUAAUUAGCUUUAUAAUUUGACCUAAUAAUCUAUUAACUUGACAUAAAUAUUUCUGAUUCAAUACUGAAUACUGACCAAUGUUUAAUAUUUUAUUUUAUUUUAUCCUAUAGGUACUUUAUAGUUCUUGUUGCCAUAUUAUAUCAUUAUUGAUUCUUAUUUCACAACUGUUUCAUUACAAAUUUUAAUUAUUCUUGAAUAUUAAGUGUUUUGCAAAAAUGUGGACACAGUUGGAUUAUUAUUUCAAUUCUAAUGUAUUUACAUUCAUUAAAAAGGAAACAGUAUUUUUAACAACUGUACAAACUAAUCAAUACAUAACUUUCAUAAUUUACUAGCAAAGCUUAGGUAUGUUUCAAACUUUAGCCAGAAUUCUAACAGCUUAGCUUAAUCAAUGUCUUGUAAAUGAUCACAUUUAAUGGUGCUGUUACAUAGACCAUAUUUUAUGAAUAACAUAGCAAUAUAAAUAGCCUGAAAUUUAAGAAAAGGAAAGCUUUAAAGAUAAAAUAGACAGAAUUGAUUUAAUUAUGUAAAUAAAUUAUGUAUAAUAUAAGUGCUAUGUGUCAAAAGCUGUAUUUAUAAUGAAAAUUUUAAACAUUGAGUAGAAAGAAGCAAAUGUUUUGGAAUCUCACUUUUUUUAACUCUAGCUGACCAUACCAGUAAAUAGUUAUUUUUUAUAUGAUUUGACAACAAUAGCUAGAAAAUAGACACAAAGGUAACUCUUAAAUAAUUGUUAUUAUUAAAAGUACAGGUUUUGAUAGUAUGUUGAGCAUGUAAACAGCUGGCUUGUAUAUUGUGGAAUGAGCAAAUAUGUUGUUGGCAUUAUAUUUUGAAAUAAAUGUGAUAUUAUUCCAUUA